AUGUCUGCCCAACCACUUCGGGGAAGUCGCCUCGUCAUUCAGACUCUGAACCCUACACUGCUACCUCCAAUGGCCCGUGGACCAAGUGGUUCUAGUCGUGUACUCAUCAAUAACCUUACGACGAGCACUGCAGACUGUCAGCCCAUAGAGUUGCCAGUACUUCCCCCUUCAAACGAAGGUGAUAUCCAGCCAAAUGUGUUGGAGCAGCCAUGCCUGCUACUGGAGACAACGCCGUCUGAUGCACCAGAUGAUGACCUCGUUUGGAAUUCUGCGUUGCUGCACACCAGUGAUCUGUACACCCGCACCUUGUACUGGGAUGCUUUAGUAGCAGCGGAUGCUGUUUUUAGGAUUAGUGUGGAUCUGUGGGUAUUGCAGGAUUGGGAUGGCGAAGAGGAAGUUCUACAGCUUGGAUCUUACUUUCAUGUGGUCUACCUACCUCGGAGUGACGAUGAAUAUGGGGUUGCGUGUAUGUGUCCACGCUGGAAGGCUGCUCAUGCCUGUAUCCACCAGGACACCCUGUGUUCCUUCAUCGACACCUUGCGCUGCCUCCCACUUAUUGCUCCAUUCCCGGCCCCUCCUGCAGUUUUAUUACAGUCGACACCCUUCAAUGACAAGUUUAUUUUCUCUUGUGCGUCGGCUAUGGGUCGCUAUGAGUCUGGAAAACGUGUUGUUGUUACGUUGCAGCAAGAUGGCCGUUGGCAUUGCCAUUCGUGUCGCUACUCAGAUGCUUGCAAGCACAAGCCACAUGCGAAAGCUUUUGCAUUGGAAGCCGGACUUAUGGUGAACAUGCAGGAUGGUCAUCAAAUGGGUGCGACGGAUGAUGCAGCUGGUGAUGAGGAGAGCGCUGUCCUUGUUCGUGCGGCACAAUGUGGAGUUAACUUGGCAAAGCAUCGUGCUAUCUCAUAUCUCCCCAUUCCUCCUCCGCGAUGGUGUGCUCUACCUGCUGAACGAGCUACCCUUCCUCUCCGACAAGUGUCGACCAACUCUCACUUCGCAGUUGAAGAUUCAUUGCAGUGUGUCUGUGGGUUAUCGAUGCCACAAGCAGUCCUCCAAGGCCAUUCUGGUCCUCGAGUGUUAAAGACAGCUGUGUUAUAUGGACUUACUGCCCGACGAACAGUGUCAAUUGAGUUGCUCCCUUGUCCAGUCUGUUGCCAUUCUCGUCGUCACAUCGGCCCUGAUCUCAGAGACCAUGGUAUAUUCAACUGGAACAACACAAUGUUAUUUUUGCACAAGCUGUUGAAUGCAUACACGAAUUCAUACACUGCAUCGGAGACACCAUUCUCUGCAUUUUAUGACACCUUUGUUCGAGUCUGGUUUGCCUUCACUCGACGACAGUGUCUUGACAGUGGUAUGCAAUGCCCUACAUGUGGCUCAUCUCCUGACAUUGUAAUUGCGGACGGAGUCAGUCUGGGAACUCAUGUAUCCAAAUUGACGAAGUCCAUCUCACCACCAACCUCUGUUGAUGAGAGGAGUGAGCGGGUGGACUCCAUAUCAUCAUAUCGUGCUCGAUGCCUUCCAGCUAUCCCUCAGAAGGACAUUCGUACCACGGUGAACAAAAUUUUAGAUGCUACAGUCACACAUAUUCCUAAUAUCCUGCCGGACAUGUCAAAGAUCGACGUGCAAUACCCAGAAUUGUCAUCUUUCAUCCGCCUCUAUUGUUCAAAUGGCACAAACAGCCCAUAUUAUCGGACUUAUCGAGAUCUCAUUCAACAAAUUGCUGCACCUGAUAUCGUAUUGCAGCUAAUACCAGUGGCAGCAAUUGAGCCAUUGCAACAACUGAGAGAACGAGGGAACCCACCAAACUGGUUACAGAGUAUAUGUCCAGCGUUCGGAGCUGUCAUCAAUGCACAUGUGAAUGGGCAAUGUCCCAUCCCAAAUGACAUCCGAAAUAUUGCAGGUUGGCUUGCAGCUCGUGCGGAUGAUGUUUACACUCGUUUAGCACAACAUGAACCUAGUCCCAUGCUUCAGCCCACAUCUGAGCCAUGGGAGAAAACAGGGACGUGCUAUGGCUUACCAGAGAUACGGAAACGACGUAUAUACUCAAAACUUCGGUAUGACAACCAAGGACUUGAUCGGGAUGCAGAAGAAAUGGGUGACUGCAACAAGUUUUACAAAACCUACUCCAAAAACAAUCUCACUGGCGGCAUUCUCGUACUUUGUUGCACACAUUCUGUCUGUCUCGGCUUUCACUCUAUCCCAGUUGCAGAAGGCCGAAAUGAUGUCUUUUCUGCAAUCUACACCCGAUUUCUGGUUGCACCAAAAGUCAUAAUUUAUGACUUUGCUUGUCAACUUGCACCAUACAGCUUCGUUCGUGAAGCCCGCUAUUUCCAGCACACACGGUUCCUUAUUGAUGAAAUGCAUGCUCAUGAUCACACUCGUUGUGGUAAAGCAUGUUUUGCAAGCAAUGCUAUGCGAUUUGAUGAUCGUGUUCGUGCUGUAAACACCAGUACAGCUGAAUGCGGGAAUAAAGGUAUCAAGAGGAUACGCAAAAGUGUCAGUUUCAUGAUUCACGAUCAUGCAGUACAGUACACCAAAGUUUUUCUUGAUAUCUGGAAUUGGAACACGAUCAAUAGGAUAUAUACCAUGCAUGCUAAGUAG